AUGUUCCGCCGCAUAGAAGACACUCUGGAGCCGGAUCCAUCAUUUCCAGCCGACCUCAACCAACUUGGCUUCUUCAUCAACCUCUCAGGUCAUGUCCGUAUGAUCGACGCCCCCGAGAAGCCCUAUGUCUACCACGCCACCAACAAUGAGCGCGUCAACGAGGUGCGCCGCGAGGCCAUGCAAACCUGCCAGCGCAAGGAAGCAGAGAAGCGCCUGUCCUACCUCGGCCUCGAGUGCAUCCACCUUCCCGACUUCGCCAUGACCAAGCCCAAUGGUCCACAUGUACCUAUCCUUGCUCCACCGCCUGACCUCCUCAAGACGCGAAAGCGAUUGAUUGUACUGGUAAACGACACCAUGCAAGAUCUAGGCAUCCUGGCGUAUAGACAGUUGCAGCGGGAACUCGGCAUCAACGGUGGCUCAGUCGUCAACUUUGCCAAGGAGAUGGUCAAGUGCUCGGACACUGACAACACCGCUGAAAGGGACGCGAAGAUUUUCAAAGAUGGUCAUGUUCUCCAAGACAAGACUACCACUCCUGCUUUGAUUGUCUUGAACGCGGGCCAGCUGCUGUACUCGCACAAGUACGACCAGGCCAUGACUCUACGCAGUUGGUCCGCCAUGCCACGCAAGUCAAUCGCCCACGACAUGGUCCGCAUCCGUGACAACGAGAACCGUGUUCCAGGUCAUGAAAAUGCCAAGAAACAUGUCAAGACUGUCUUUGACGAAGUCAUCUGCAACCCCGAUCGUGUUGCAGCUGACGCAGAAGUCUACGUCAUCGCUAUUGAAGACGGAACGGAGAGUAUCUUGAACCUGCUCACGCACGACUUCGGCAAGUAUGGUACCCGUAUCACGGCCAUGGCGUUCAUUCACUCCUUGAUCGACGACUCCCAAAUCAAAGAUGAACAGAUUCGCGCUUUCAUGCAUCAGCGCACACGUCAGUGGCGAUUCAGCGAUCUGACAUGCAACCCCCAGCACUGUGUCGACUUACCGACUGACUACAAUCGACAAGUCAACGGGCCUUGUUCUGCAGACACACCAUCAACCAUGCAAUCAAUCAAGCACAUGUCUUGGCACGCUUCGAUUCCUACAGGCCCAGUCUCGGCUCUAACGAAGGCUUUCCACAGCCUCGCUCUCAGCGUCACCUCUUCGGCCGGGGCUUCCACUCCAACCGCAACAUCAACCUCUACUAGUGGAGAAGAAAGCACAGAAUGGUCCUCGGGUCAAGCUGUCAUCUGCCCUACCUUCGCGGGCGGCGACAAUUCGGUUGGUGAAUGCAUCUUUACCUACCCUCCCACCCAGCAUGCCAUUCUCUCUUUCUUCCAAGACGUCGCGCAAGACCCGGUCCACUAUCGCAACCCACCUGGCCUCCAAAUCUUUACCGAAGCCCCCAAGCCCAGCCCCGAAAAUCCUCUUGCACUAUCUUCCGACCACGAGAAUGACGCUGGGCUCUACUUGCAAAAUCUCUUGCCGCAGACGACGUCUGAGCACGCUGAGCUAGAUGAAGCUCGCGAGCGGCUCGCCGAGUUACAAGUUGCCUUGUCUGCCUGCCCUACUGAUGCUGCAGAGCUAGACAAGGGUCGCGUCAAGUUGGAAGUUAAGGUGAAGAGCAUGGAGGCGAAGAUUGAGUCUUUAGAGAUCAAGGCGCUGAGUCACGGCGGACUGGCCGCGGGUGAAGUGGUCGAGAAGCGCGAGGAUUGGAAGCCGCAGGUUGAGGGUCCCCAGGUACCAUUUGCAGGGACCAUGGUGGAUAGUGAACUGUUGAAGGCGGCGGGGCUGAUGGAGUCUGUGGAUGAAGAAAAGGCUUUUGUUUGA